GGUGGUGUGCGUGGUGGCGGAAGGUGUGUUGCAGCGCAGGGACCGGCUGAAGACAAAGCGGCUGCGCUUGGAUGGGGAAAACAAUGCCGUAGCUCGGCAACCUUGAACGCGCGGGCAGUCGGGCCUCUCUGCUUUCUGCUCGCCCGAAGCCCUAAUAAGAAUAAUAAUCCUUAUUUAUUGCUUUUUUAAAAAAAUAUUAAGCACCAUUGCAAUCGGGUUUUUAAAAGCACGAUUUACGCUUGGUUUUGCCCGAUUGCGCCUGCUUGGCGUUUUCCGAAAAAGGAGCAUAGCGAGCAGACUUUGGCUUUUCCUAUGGUCUUGGCAUCUGCCGCGAUUAAUUAAAGCAAAAAAGAUGAAUGUUGGGGUUGCUCACAGCGAAGUCAAUCCCAACACGAGGGUCAUGAACAGUCGAGGAAUGUGGCUCACGUACACCCUUGGAGUUGGUUUGCUUCAUAUUGUCUUGCUCAGCAUUCCUUUCUUCAGUGUUCCAGUGGCUUGGACCUUAACCAAUAUUAUUCAUAAUUUGGGAAUGUAUGUAUUUUUGCAUGCAGUAAAAGGAACACCUUUUGAAACACCUGACCAAGGUAAAGCAAGAUUGCUGACACACUGGGAACAGCUGGAUUAUGGCGUACAGUUUACAUCUUCACGAAAAUUCUUCACAAUCUCACCAAUAAUUUUGUAUUUCUUGGCAAGCUUCUACACCAAAUACGACCCAACACAUUUCAUUCUGAACACCUCUUCUCUCUUGAGCGUGCUUAUUCCCAAACUGCCACAGCUGCAUGGAGUUAGGAUCUUUGGAAUCAACAAAUAUUAAGCAGGAGGUGGGCAGUAUGAGAAUUCUGAUCAAAAUAUGGCCUGGUUUGAUCCUUGUCCUUGACAGAAGGAACAGCCUAUACUAUGUAUUAUUAGAUAAGUUUCACAUCUCUUUGAAGACUCUAGUGCAAAGAUGCUGAUGCUGUUCUUUACAGGAGAAUCAGAGACCAUCAGAAGAUAUACUGAUCUUGAAGAGUCAUCUUUGGAGCACAGGUUUUUUGUAAAUAGCUGGGCAGGCCUAGCUUUCCUAAGGUAAACAGUAUUGACUGGAAAUAGGCUGAAGUAACAAGAGAAGCGAAAAGGGAUACGAAACAUUGUAUUGACUCACUGUUGUAAUCUUUUACAAGUAAGUCAGCAACAGUAAGGAAGGAGUAGAGGGGAGGAAAUAGCGCAAUUCUUUGCUUUACAGACUUCAAUCAGUUAUCAUUUGGGGUCAUUUGUUUGUUUGGCUAAUUUGAGGGCACAAUUUUUCUACCCAGCUUGAGGUGUUAUAAAGUUAAUGAGUUGCUGUGAUUUUCAUGCCUUAUCUAUUCAUGAGUCUUUUAAUCAGAGUGACCUUUCCAGUGUAAGAUCUUUGAACUCCAGAGAAUGACAUGUCAACUUUUCAGGGGUUUUAUAUACAAUUAAACUGAUUGGUAUCAUACGACUUGUUUUCCAGAAGUAGGUGGUUUUUCUCAUUCCACUGUAUCUGAAAAAAACUUUCCUCAUAAAAAGAAAAUUCCUAGUCUCAGAAAUAGCAAGCUACUAAAUAGACUGGAAUCUCUGGCCUAUUAGUUCACAAUGAGAGCUGUAAUCUGUUAGGAAAAUUCUAGGAAAGGUAGUAAUUUUGAAUAGAAACUUUAUGUAACAAGAAUUUCAAACAUCAAGCAGAGCAUAACUUGUUCUCAUUGUGGAGCAGAUUUGAAAAUGAUUUGGAAGAAGUACUUUGGGCCUCAUAGAAAUGCAGCACUUCACUUUUCAUUAUAUAGUAAUCUGAGUAUUCCAAAGCAAGACUAAAAUAAAUGCCUCUGCUUUAUGGAAUCCGCUCAUUAAAUUUAAUGUGACUUAUAAAGUGAUCCAUGGGGGAGCAGUAUAGAAGGAUGAACAGCUUUCACAGAUAAUGGAGAAAUAGUGUGUUUGACUGAGGUCUGCUAAUGCUUCCUCCGGAUCGUUUUCAAAGCAUGCACAAUCCAAUCACUGUUUCUGCAUCGAAAAGAAUUUAGUACCGUGUUUCCCUGAAAAUAAGACUGUCUUAUAUUUUUUUUGAACCCUGAAAUAAGCGCUUGACCUUAUUGCCAUGCGCUCAACAGCCCGAUUGGGCUUAUUAUCAGGAGAUGUCUUAUUUUGGGGGAAACAGGGUAGGAAUUCAACACAGAAUUGUGUUUUAUAUCUAGCAUUGUUGAGUUUUGGAGCCUUUUAAGGUCCUAGUUUCGAAAAUGUUCGAUCUUGCCUAAUGUUGACAGCAGAAAAAUAAUGGGUUAUUGAACAUGAUUAAACUAACCAGUAGUAGCUCUGCUUAGCUGCUUCUCUACCCACAAAGACCCUUGAAGUUAGUGCAGUGGUGAUUAUGUCCUCCAAGUAAGAACUGGCUUCUUUCAGGUAAUUAGUUUCUCCCUGACCUUGCUUUCUUGAAAAAUAUCUUUUUAAAAUAUUCAUGUUUUAUAAUAAUAAACUGAAUGACUUUGAACUGAUCAUAUGUAUGAGUCACUGUAAGUAUAGUUCACUGUGAUAAACAGCACUGUACAAAUUGCUGUUAAACUCUGUAAAUAGAAUUAGUGAUAAUGUAGCAAUUGUAUUUUAUUAAUUGUAUGCAGAACUGAGUAAGAAGCCUUUUCAAUAGUUAUAUAAGACAUUGAUGUGGUAGGUUAACCCCCCCCCCUUCACCAGUCUACGGUAGUACAUGAUUUUUAUGCUUUACUCCAAUUAAAAUAAUUUGUCCUGAAAAAAAAAUGAAUUUAUUUUAAAAUCGAACGAUGAAAUAAUUUUAUUCAAUGAGAUUUUAAAGCAGGUUAUACAGCACUUAAGAAAUACCUAAUGUAUCAAAUCAUGCUUGCCUCUUAUGGGAGUUAUGUAUCUGAAAUGCAGUUCCUUGACUCCCAUUUAUUUCUGUUCCAAGCUCUGAAUAAUGAAAUAUUUCCUCAGUAAAAACUGAAUUCUGCUAA